AUGUCUGCGACGGGUUCAGGCUGCGGAGCCGGACCCAGCUCGGGCUCCGGGUCCGGCUCCUCCAACCCCCGGAAGUUUAGCGAGAAGAUCGCACUGCACACCCAGCGACAGGCCGAGGAGACGGCGGCCUUCCAGGAGGUCAUGAUGGACAUCACCUCCACCCGGCUCCAGGCCCAGAAGCUGCGUCUCUCCAGGACUCGGGGUCUGUUCUACGGGGGCUCGCUGCCCAACGUCCACCAGAUCGGCCGGAGCCCUCCGGACUUCCAGAGCUCGUUCCCGUCCACGCUGGAGUCCAACCGGUCCACCCGGCAUCAUGGUCUGGUGGAGCGAGUCCAGAGAGACCGCCGGUUCGUCCCGGCAGUCCGACCGUGCCGCAAUCAACAAGUGGACAGCUUGCCACAUAACUCCGCCUACUUGUCCCCGCCUCCUGACCCCAGCUGGAGAAGGAAUUGGUCCGGAAACUUCCACGGGAAUAAAAGCCAGUUGUUUCAUCUCCCCACCGCUGCACUCAACAGGACGAACUCUGACUCGGCCCUCCACACCAGCGUGAUGAACCCUUCCACGGGCGACCCCUUCACCUCAGGAGGCCCCGCCCCCCAGAACCGAUGCACCGCGUUCCCGUACCCGGUGCCCCCCGCUGAAGACGAGAUGUUGGCGGAGGGCAAACUGCUGAAACCCUGGGACACCAAGAAGGUCCCUCUGUUGUCCUCCCGACCCAAGUCCUGUGAAGUCCUCAGCAUCAAUGCCUUGGCGUCGGAGCAGCCGUCCACGCCCUCUCACGGCGUCCCGUCGGGGCUCAAUAGCGGCGGCUCGCUGCCUGACCUGUCCAGCCUUCACUUCCCCUCCCCGCUGCCCACACCGCUUGAUCAGGACGAGCCCGGCUACCCAGGAUGCUCCUCUCUGAGCGGGGGGGGCAGCACGGGGAACCUGACCUCCACCCUUACUCAUUUGGGCAUCAAUGCCGCCAACGUACAGGGAGGCAACGGCAACUUCCAUCACCGCUCACCAGGUGGUCUCCUGGCGUCUCUAAAGAGCACGCUCAGUAGCCCCUCCCUGCAGUCCUCACUCAGCAACCCCAACAUCCAGUCGUCGCUGAGCAGCCACUCCUUCUCCGGCUCUCUAAGCUCCGCCUCCCUGCAUUCAUCGCUCAGCAACCCCUCGCUGCAGUCAUCGCUCAGCUCCUCCUCCUCCUUGCCGUCUUCCCUCAGCAGCCAAUCGCUGCACUCCUCCCUCAGUAGCUCCUCCCUGCAGUCGGGAUCCACCGGCUACAGCUCCAGCUCCGCCUACUCGCUGCUGCUCAUUGGACAGGGCCAGCCAUCACUCAGCACGUCGCCACGGAGACGGGCACAGCUCUGCCCGCUCAUCCUGCCCAUGGGGGCGGAGUCACGGAGGCAUCACUCCAAACAGUUCUCCCCCACCAUCUCCCCCACCCUGUCCUCCAUCACACAGGGCGUCCCUCUGGAUACCAGCAAACUGUCUCUCGACCAAAGGCUCCCCCCAUACCCGCUCAGCCAGUCCCACCAGCACCAGCCUGCCCCCGGUCUGCAGGGCUCCCAGCUGGGCCAGCAACCCUCUCCGAUAAGCCAGCACCACCAGCAGCUGCACCGCCUUCAGCAGCAGCAGCAUCUCCUGCAGAACCUACGCAAGUCACAGAACCAGCAGCUGCAACAGCACUUUGGGACACAACAGAUGGAACCGCAGAGCAACACGGAGGCCGAGAAGGAGAGGCCGGCGGAGCAGAGCGCCUCUCGGUGUCGCCUCCAACAGGAAGCCAACGAGCAGCCCCGAGCCGGCGGCCUUCCACAGCUGCAACAGACCAGCCACAACCUGGCCACCGACCUCUACAAUGAUGCCUUGUUCACCUCUCUACUGGACGACCCCUACCUGAGUCUCCAGUUCACUGGCAGAGCCUUCCAGCAGUCCCCAGCAGAGAACCAGGGAGACCAGAACCAGAACCGGGGCCACACCCAGGGACACCUGGACCUGCAGGACCCUGUGGACCAGCUGGGCCUCAACAACCAGAACCAGAACUAUGGAGGCGGGGACGGGCGACACAGCGUGCCCAACAUCAUCCUCACUGGAGACUCCCCCCCAGGUCUUUCCAAGGAGAUCGCCAGCGCUCUGUCCCACGUGCCGGGCUUUGAGAUGGACCCGUUCUCGCUGGAGGACCCUCUGAGGAUGGACCCUCUGGCUCUGGACCUACUGGACCGGGACCUGAUGCUGGCGGACCCCGCGGUGGAGGACUCGUUCCGGUCCGACCAGCUGAAGUGACCGCCCCCCCGCUUUGAGAACCGGAGGUGGGGAGUCCAGAACCAAGUCCAGAACCAGAGCUUUCCUUUGGGACCCGAAGCGUACCAGUCCUUUUCACAUCCAGGUCCGUGAGACCGGUCUACCAGAACCAGGUGUACUGGUUCUGAAAUUAAACAAGACAAAACAUUUCACCUUUUACAUUUUCUCACAUCUGCUUUUUAUUUUUCUUUAAAUAUAUAAUAUAAUAUUAAUUUCUAUUCAAUUAAAUUCAAUUCAGUUUAUUUGUAGAGCCCAAUUUCACAAAUUACAAAUUUGUCUCGGAGUGCUUUACAAUCUGUACACAUAGACAUCCCUGCCCCAAAACCUCACAUCGGACCAGGAAAAACUCCCAAAUAACCCUUCAGGGGGAAAAAAAGGGAAGAAACCUUCAGGAGAGAACAGAGGAGGAUCCCUCUCCAGGAUGGACAGAUGCAAUGUGUACAGAAGGACAGAUUAGAGUUUAAAUACAUUUCAAUGCAACUUGGAACGAUUCACAGAGUGGACUUGGACCUGGUCCACCUGGUCCACCUGGGUCUCCUGGGGGAACCAGAGGACCUCGGGACCCUGAAGGCUGGAACGUUCUGACGGACAUUUUAUGACCAAAGUGCCAAAAGACAAUCGCUUUUUAUAGAGGAACAGGUUUUAUCCUCAAUUAAUUGACCAAUUAUUGUUCUCAAUUAAUUGUCAAUAAUUGAUUGUCUACAAAUAGUGAAGAAAUGUCUCGCUGACGUCUUCUUGUCUUGUCAACCAAAGGACCGAUGACCGGUUAGAGGAGAGGACACGAGGAAGACGUUGGUUUACACGACGAAGAACAAAGAUGAUUCAUAUCCAUUAGUUCAGAGUGGAUCGUGUCGGACAUGAAAGACGUGAAGACGUCAUCGUCGGACCCGAUGGAUCCAAGAAAAGUGAUGACGAGAACAACCGUUAUGAGGCACCACGGUGUACUCUGUGUCACGGUGUACUCCGUGUCACGUGUCAUAAAACCCAAAUGCAGUGUUUGAGAGCAGUUGUUUGCCCUUUGACCAGAGUCACUGUGAUUGACAGCCAUAAGCCCCGCCCCUUUCUACCUGCACUUGCUGCCCUGUGUUUUCAGCCCCCUGGAGGCCGGAGCAGAGAUACAUAUCUUUAUGCAACCUUUAUUAUUAAUGAUUUUGACUAUAAAGUUUUAUUUUUUAAACAAAGUGGUCUGACUCUGUAUGUAUAUAAUUACUGAUAUAAUAUCUUAAACAAAAGUAAAUAAAGUAUAAAUAUUUAA